AUGCUGCGCGCUCCCGCCGCUGCUCGUGCAGGUGUGCUGCUGGUUUCUGCUGCAGCUGGAGAAACGUGUCGCUGGUUUGACACAUUUCAGCUCAGGUCCACUUUCCAGGAGGAAGCUGGGACUCCGUGUGGACCGACCCCCUUCCCCGGCUGCCUCCCACCCGGGAUCCCACCCGGUCUGACGUGUCUGGCCUCGAUGGAGAGGAAACAUGAGAUUUGCAGCCCCUUCUUUCCACGCCGCAACUCUUUGAGGAAAACAAGUGCGGAAAUUGUCAGUGAAGCCAGACAAUCCCUGCGAGUUCAAUCCACCCAGCGGCCGUUCACUCCCAGAGAUGGACACAGGCAGCUUUUUGGAAAGAGCUCUGUGCGCGUGGGUCACGACAACAGACCUCCAUCGACCUUCAGUCUUCAUGCUCAAAAUUUUGAUGCUCCCGAUUCGAGGCCAGGUUCAGGGACACGUCUCUCUCCACUGGACCACAAGCCAAAGUUUCCAGUGCCCGGUGAUGCUGAGGAUGCAUUCAAAGCCCUCCCUAAACCCCCCGCUGACCCACUGGAGGUGAGGAGGGGGCGGGCAGGGACCCGGGCUCGUCUCCUCAGGGCUGGAUCUCUCACCACGUUGCCUCCCGUCGAGGGACACACGGAUGUGACACAAAGAUUAAACCCGGGACAAAAGCCGCUGUCAGCUCAACGCCACCCGGGUACGGAGCACGCCACGGUCCACAGCGGUCCCCGCAAACCCGGCCCACACAGAGCAGCGAGUGAAAGUCGAAUACAACAGGCUGAUGUUGACUCAGGAGUUAGACCCACCGACUGCACAACAGGACGGAGAACAGGUUUAGGAAGAGACAACGCCACAAGCACGGAGGAGGAUGCAGAGUCAUCGGUGUGGAAUAAUAAGAUCGGUGUUCUUCUGCAACAACUGGAGAGUGUGGCUGCAGGCAGCUCCGAGGUCUCGGUGGACCGUCUGUGCGAUUUGUGUGAUGGCCUCCACGGCACCUUGGCACAAGCGGACAUGCUCGGCCGACUCUGUAAGAGGAGGUCGGGGAUCCUUCGAACACUGUUCCGCCUCAUCGACCUCAACUCUGCCCGGCUCAACCUGCACAUCGCCAAGCUCUGCCUGGCUCUGUGUGUCAGUGGGAACAACCUGCUCAACAUCUGCAAGCUCAUCUUCCAGAUCAGCCGCAGUGAAAACAAUGACGACCUCUUCCAGAACAUCUCUAUCAUAGACUCGCUGCUGGACUUCCUGCGCAUCGAGGAUGUGUCCACAUCAGGCGAAUCUCUCUUGUACUGCGUCGGUGCUCUGAAGUUUCUCUCGGGAAACGGUGCCAUCCUCAGACUCCUGCUGCACAAGAACUGCAUCGGUGUUUCUCAGACACUCAUCCAGAAGCUUCACACGGUGGAAGACACUCACUUCAGUAUAGCCGGACACAUCGUUGUGCAGCUGACGGCGACCCUGAGGAACCUCGCCGAUCAUCCUGACUCCCGGCCGCACUUUGUGUCCUUCUCUCUGCUGCCAGAGCUUUGUCUGGUGCUGCGCCGUCACCGCAAAGACCAGGACAUCUGCACAAACAUUUCCAGAAUAUACAGUAAACUCUCCUCUUACUCUGAGUGCCGACUCGCUCUGGCCCAGACCCCCGACUGCUACCGACUAUUUUUAGAACUGCUGAGCAAACAUCGCCAAAAACAGGACCUGGUCGUGCGUCUUCUUUUCACCCUGGGGAACCUCACGGCCAAAAGUGAGGAGGCUCGGCUGCAGCUCUUCCAGUGCGAAGGCUGCAUGGACACACUCCUGCAGCUGUAUGACAGCUACCAGCGAAGAGACACAUCACCACACACUCCCACACGGGCAGGUGAACCCUCCCCACCUCCUGGCAAACCUCCGGCUCCUCCCGUCAGCCCGCAGGAGCGUGACGACGUGCUGGUGAAGCUGGUCCGGGUGCUGGCGAACAUGUGCAUCCACCCGGCUGUGGGUCCGGCCCUGGCGAGCGACCCAGCCUGCAUGCAGCUUCUGAUGGAGACACUCGAGUUGAGAUCCGUGCAGGAGAGCGAGGAGCUGCUGGUGAACGUUGCCGCCACCAUCAACAACCUGUCGUUCUACCAGGAGCAGAGCUCUGUCCUCAGACGCAGUCAAGUCGCCAUCACGAGGCUGAUGCUGAAGCUGGUGCUCAGCUCCAGUAUGGACGCCAUGCUGGAGGCCACCCGUGUGUGUGGGAACAUGUCACAGUCCAAGGAUGUGCGGGACUUUAUUAUGCAAAACAAAGUGCACCAGUUUGCUGUGACGCUGCUGGACUCUAAAAGAAGUGAGAUGUGUUUCUCAGCCUGUGGAGUCCUCACCAACCUGGCUCUGGACCCUCCCAACAGGGCCAGUCUCUCACUGGAGGGGGCUGCUGCCAAGCUGCUGGACUGUCUCAGAGACUUUGGACCAGGUGACUGGCAGCUGGCGGGGCAGGUUUGUCAGGCGUUGUGGAACCUGAUCGGUGGCGGUUCGGAGAAGCUGCUGGAUGCUCAGGAGAGCGAGUCCCUGCUGCAGAUCCUCACUACCUACUUAGAUGAAGAGGAAGCUCUGAAGUGGAUCGAAAAUGAAGAUAUGAGGGAUUAUCACAAGGCAUGCUGGGAGUUGGAGUUCCUGCCUGUAGCUCAGAAACUGAUGAAGACACUCCCGCCUACGCAGCAGACGUGUGAGUGACGCACUGGGACACGGGAGUUUAGGGUCGUGUUGCCAUAGAGGGAAAGAAUUUCCUUCAUUCUGUUAAUAUUCAAAACUAUCCUCUUAUAAAUCUUAAAGGUGGUUGUAAAAAAGAAUUGUCAGUUGCAGAAAAUGUAUGAAAACACCCUUAAAACGUGUCAGACCACUGCUGCUGCAUCUCCACCAUCCAGCCAUAUGCUCAGGUAUGUUCCCAUUGGUUGACUCAUGAUGAUUAUCGAUGCCGUCUUUCAUGAAUAAUGAAGCUACUGACGUUUUACAGCCAGGUAUAAGGCCCACAGUCGGUCAGUCAGAUGUUUGGUUGAAAAGCGUCAGUAGCCUGAUAGGUGAUUGCGCAAUAUAAUCACUAGACCCAAUCCUCAUGAAACUGAAAAAUAAUACGUGUGAAACUGUGAAAAAUUCAUAUCAACAACUCUUGUUUGACAAAUACUUGCACUUCGGUUUGUGUAUGAUGUUUAUUUAUUUUCCGUGUCUUUAAUACUGACUGCUUGUUUAUUUUAAUUUUGUGAGGGCAAACAUUCACAUGUAAGUGAUCUUCAACAAGAAGAUUAUUCUCGUUAUUCCAUCGCCGUGCACCCGACAUAUUCCUCACAGUCUGGAGUUGAACCCGUUGUCACUUUCUACCAUUUUUUUGGAUAUUGACAUUGUCGAUAUUAUUGAUUGUAACCUUUUCAACCAUUUAUGCACUUUAUCUCCCAUAAAGUUUGCUGAAGCCUUAAUCUCUGCAUAUCCUCACCUGUCAGGGUCUUUCCACACUUUACAGAUUGGAUUUGUUUUGUCAGUACACUGUGUUGUUGUUGAUAGUUUUAUCAUAAUUUAGUCUAAUAAACUGAUGACUAACCUGGAAUUCACCUCUUUAAAUAGUAAUGUAUGUUUGUAUUGCUUGUGUUGUGCCGUGUGACAGUGGACCUUGUUGAUAAUAAAGCAGAACAAAG